UAUUUGCCUGCAUGGCGGCUUCGGGGAUCAUUCCCAUCGCACACAAGAUGUUGGUGUUUGGGAACCGGCCGGAGGCGGUGCUGACGACCGAAUAUGAAGGGGUGAUGGCCAUGUUUUAUGGGAUUGGGGUGUUGGUUUAUGCCAUGAGAGUGCCGGAGAGGUGGUUGCCCGGAAAAUUUGAUCUCGCCGGACACAGCCAUCAGUUUUUUCAUGUCUUGGUAGUCGCCGGAGCUUAUACGCAUUAUCUGGCUAGUGUGGUUUACCUUGGCUGGAGAGAAGGGGAAGGUUGCAGAGCCUAAUUGUUUGAUUUCGUGUUCUAAAUGGGUCGGUAAAAUUACCUCCUUGUCAAUGGGUGAAAUUUGUACAGGGGAUUGGGGGGUGUUCUAUUAUUAAAUAUUUAUUAAUGUUAUAUUUAUUUCAUUUUAUGUGCCCUAAAGAUGGGAAGAAAUAGUCUUUA